UUGUUAGUAUAAUGCCUGUGCUCUGUUCAUGGUGCAUCCUUCCCAAGACUGGCGCGACUUCUCCUUCGAGUUUGUUGGUCAAGAGCUCGCAGAAUCCGGAUUGCUUGAACUCCCUUUUCCCACCAGCAAGCCAGAGUGUUGCAGCAAUUGUGUUUGGAGACCAGUCCCCGCAGUCGAGACUCUACCCGCUGACAAAGAGGAGAUCGGAGGCUGCAGUCCCUAUAGCUGGGAACUACAGGCUGGUUGAUGCUGUAUUGAGCAACUGCAUCAACAGCAACAUAACCAAAAUCUAUGCGCUCACGCAGUUCAACUCAACUUCUCUCAACUCCCACAUUGCACGGGCCUACUCUGGUGCGCGCCUCUCAAAGGAUGGGUUCGUGGAGGUCAUUGCAGCGUAUCAGAGCCCAGAUGACAAUGGCUGGUUUCAGGGAACUGCAGAUGCAAUUAGGAGGUGUCUGUGGGUUCUUGAGGAGUAUCCUGUCGACGAGUUCUUGAUUCUUCCUGGCCACCAUCUCUACAGAAUGGACUAUCAGAAACUCAUAGACGCCCACCGGAGAAGCAAGGCACACAUAACUGUCUCUUUGUUUAGCACAGCCAAGAAUGAGGAUCUUGGAUUUGGGAUUUUCAAACUCAAUGCUCAAAAUGCAGUUCUUGGGUUCAGAGAGAAUGAAGAGGAUUCCAACCAUCAUUUUCAGGCCAAUAAGCACGAUGGAGAUGAGUUUCCGAGCAUGGGAAUCUAUGUCAUAAACAGAGAUGUGAUGAGAAUGUUGCUGACAGAGGCUUUCCCAAAUGUGAAUGACUUGAAAAGCCAUGUAAUCCCAGGUGCAAUCUCUCUUGGAAUGAAGAUCAAUGGCUAUCUGUUUGAUGGUUACUGGGAGGAUAUGAGAAGCAUAGAGGCAUAUUAUCGCGCGAAUAUGGAAACCAUUAGAAGGGCAAACGCAAUGUAUAACUUCUACGAUAGAGACUCGCCUCUCUACACGCUGCCACGCCAUCUGCCUCCAACUCUUGUAAGGGAUGCAGUCAUCACGGAUUCCAUCAUCGGAGAUGGUUGCAUUCUUAGUGUAAGCAAACAUAUCAAAAGUUUAUGUCUCAUUCUUUUAUAUUGUUUUUCAUUGAUUGAUGUAUGUGUGCAUUUUCCUUUGUGUCGAACGCAGAAAUGCAGGAUCAAAGGCACUGUGGUAGGCAUAAGAACAAGGAUAGGAGACAAUGCUGUGGUUGAGGAUUCAGUUAUCAUGGGAUCUGAUACAUAUGAUCAUAAUGGUACGAGUGAUGGUGAAGCCACUGGUAUUCCUAUUGGCAUUGGUGAUGGCUCACACAUACGGAAGGCGAUCAUCGAUAAACAUGCAAGAAUCGGGAAAAAUGUCAUGAUUAUAAAUAAGGACAAUGUGCAGGAAGGAAACAGGGAAGCAAAUGGCUACAUAAUUUCAGGGGGAAUAAUUGUGGUUAUAAGAAGUGCAAUGAUCCCAGAUGGAACUAUACUUUAGAAUUUUUGGAUUAUAUAUGAA